ACGGUGUUCAUGUGACCUACCGGACAAACGAACUAAUCGCCAUCACGAGUUUAAUUGCACCUACCGGACUAAUGAACUACUGGUGCAGCGCGUAUUUCAAUCUGAAGUUAUAGCAACUGUCGCCGAUUGUUUUGUCAAUAACCCGCGAAAAUGUCGUCGAGUGUGAGAGAAAAUCGCGACAAGAAAGAGUAUAAUGCACUGGACGAAAUCUGCAAGGGACCACGUAUGACGAAAGAAUUUAUAAGGAAACAAUGCAAGGAGCAGAAGUUGUACCAAACGCCCCACUUGAACGACGUGCUAUACUUGCAUUUUAAGGGGUUCUCGUAUAUCGAAAACUUGGAAGAGUACACAGGUUUAAAAUGCCUAUGGCUCGAAAAUAACGGCAUAAGAGAAAUAAGCGGUUUGGACCAGCAAACGGAACUGCGAAGCCUAUUUCUUCACUAUAAUUUAAUUAAACGGAUCGAGAAUUUAGAAAAAUGUAGCCUGUUGGACACAUUAAAUCUGUCCUACAAUCAAGUGAGGAAAAUUGAAAAUUUAGAUUGCAUCAAAACUUUGCACACCCUGAAUUUGUCGCACAACUAUGUCGAAUCGUAUGACGAUUUCGUCCAUCUCGAGAAGUUGUCAGAACUAUCUGUACUGGAUCUUGCCAAUAAUCACAUAGCUGACCCUUUGAUAGUUCAAGUGUUGGGCAGGAUGGCCGAUUUGAGGGUUGUCAACCUAAUGGGCAAUCCGGUUAUCAGGAAAAUUCCGGCUUACAGGAAAACGACGAUACUUGCUUGCAAAAACCUACAAUAUUUAGACGACCGGCCAGUUUUUCCCAAGGAACGCGCCUGCGCAGAAGCUUGGGAACGCGGCGGAUUGACAGAAGAAAGGGCGGAGCGGCAACGUUGGGUGGACAGGGAGCGUGCAAAAAUUAUGGAGAGCGUGCGCGGUUUAACGAGGAUUAGGAACGCGAAUUUGGCAGCCAGGCGACAAGACUCGUCGAAAUCGGAUAGUGGCUUUUGCACCUCGAUGGCGGACUCGGAGAGCGACGAGGAAGUCAUAGAUUCCUGCGAAGAAAACAGCGACGUUUCGUCACAAUCCUUCGAAGAAAACAAUGGUGAUUCGACAAAUCAGUUAGUACGACUGCUCGAGGACGACUUCGAUCAGCAGCCUUGCAGUAGCGGCCUGAAUGUUUGUCAGGCGCAGACAAAUGUUCGGGAUGUGAAGAAUUUUGGUAGAUCGAAAAUAUUAAUCGAAGAAAUUGAUUCGGUUGAAGAACUAUUACCGACGCGAAACGGAAAAGAUGGCUUGGUUGAAGCCGUUGAAGCUGAGCAACCAACUGUAGGCGUCUUGGAAGAAACGAGAAAUGGACCAUUAGUGGCAGACAAGAAUCCCCAGAAUUUAGUGAAGAAGAACGUCGAUGAAGAAGCUACGUCGUGUAUAGCGGCAGAAGAACUUAAUAAUGAAUGUGUUUGUCAACAUUUAAAGAAUAAUAUUCUAGCUCAAGAUGUUGAAGGUACCGAACAAAAUUCGCUUAAAUAUGUCGAAGAAAUGAAUCCUCACGACUUAGGAAGUAAAAUCGACAACCUCCUUGAAGAUAUUGAAGAACCUGUAGGUAAAGGGACUGAAGAAAUGAAUUAUCAUUUAGAGAAGAAUUUCGUUGAAUAUAUUGAGUUCGCUCAUAUGGAGGAGCAAGACAUUAAUCCUCAACGUGUAGAGAAGAAAACCGACAACCUGCAUGAAGAUAUAGCAUUGACGGACUCUCUAACGGUGAAGAAAAUGGAUAACCUACAAGAAAAAGUCGUUGAAGCUAAUGAAGAGACAAUAAGGCACAUUAAAGGAAUAAGUAAUGAAGAAAGUCGAAACGAAGAAGAAGAAAUUGUACGAUACUUAAAAGCGGCGUCUUCGAAAAUGCGAAACCGCUUUCGCCGCCCCCGGACUUCGUUGACUAUCCAACGCAACCUCACCGACACGGAGAGCGACUACAGUGACGAGUGCGAAGAAGAGUGCGCCCUCUACGAGACGCUUGACGCCCUGGAGGCGCCCUACUGCGAAGCCGUCGACGAAAUGGGCGAAGGGGAUUUCGCGGUGGAUGCGAAAACUAGGGAGGACGUUGAAAGGGAACUGCCGAGACCAGACGAUUUGACGCUCGAAGAAGCCGUCGAGGACAGAAGUUACAGGGAGCUUUUGACGUGGGAUAUAAAGGCCCCCAAGGAAAACUUGAUAAUUUUGAAACCUAUCGAAAGGCGAGCGGCUCCUGACGGAAAAGAAGAAGAUUCGUCGUUUCGCCCCAUCGAAAAAGAAGAAGAGGUCGAGUUUGAGGUUAAGUUUGGCGUUGUUGACACGAAUGAAACCGAAAAGGUUGAUUUAAUCGGGGAACACGAGGGCGUGGACAACGCUUUGAAGGUGCGCGACGCGAUUUCGAAAAUAAGGGCCGGCAUGGCCGAAUUUCAAAAGCAGUUCGACGAGUUUAGCGAGCGAGUCGGCGAGAACACGGAGAGGAGGGUCGACGGCAAAGUGGUAAAAGAGAUUACCGAUGAAUACUUGAAGAAGAACUUCGAAGACAUGGGAAUGUACCUUUCUGACGAUGAAGAUUACGAUUGGUUAGACAUGGAAACCACUGACGCAAAUAAAACCGAGGAGAGUGACGAAGUCGAUAAUGACGACGCAGUCGUUAACAUCAGAGCUAUGUGUUCGCUGGAAAUGCAGAUGGCGAAGAAAAAGUUUGAAAAUUAGUAUGUCAGUAGUGUUCCGAAAUAAAGAAAUGUUGAGAGCAGCUUUGUUUUGAUAUUUAUUUUUGAUGUUUAUU